CCAAUCGACCAGACAUUCAACUGCCAACAAAAAAAUAAUAAUUUGCCUGAAUCACACACACUCUCUGCCUUCCACUCUCUUUUCCUCUCUCGCCAAAUAUGGCACUGGCUGCUGAGAAGAUGGCCUUAAGAUCGUCUACUGCUUCUUCUUCUUCUUCUGCCACUGCAAAACUCUCUCUUCCAUCUUCUCCUUCAACAUCUAAUUCACCAUCCAAACCUUCUUUCUUUAAACCUCAGUUGAGACCCAUCUCUGUUUCUUUACCAACAUCAACUACCAUCUCUCUUUUGGCUGUUUUCACUCCUCCCUUUGAAGCGAAAGCCCUUCCCAAAGAUCAGAUUGUCUCCUCUCUCACUGAAGUGGAGAAGACAAUUGAUCAAGUUCAGGAAGUUGGUUCAGGUAUCUUGGACACUGCUCAACGUGUUUUUGGAAUUGUUAGUGACGCUUUGAAGCCUGGAAUUGAUGCGGCAUUGCCAAUUGUAAAGCAAGCUGGAGAUGAAGCAUUGAAGAUUGCUUCUCCUGCAAUUUCAGAGGCCACAAAGAAAGCACAAGAAGCAAUUCAAAGUACUGGCAUUGACACAGAUUCAGUUGUUACUGCGUCUAAGACCGCAACUGAUGCUGUGCAACAGACCACAAAGGUUAUUGAAGGCGUGAAACCUGUAGCUUCUUCAACUGUUGAAACAAUUUUGUCAGCAGAACCUGUCGUGCUUGUAGGAACUGCUGGAGCAGUUUUUCUUGGAUACCUCCUCUUGCCUCCUGUAUGGUCCGUCAUAUCCUUUAGCUUCCGUGGCUACAAAGGUGAACUCACCCCUGCUCAAACCCUGGAUCUUAUAUCUACCACAAAUUAUAUUAUGAUUGACAUACGCUCAGAAAAGGACAAGGACAAGACUGGUAUCCCCCGCGUUCCCUCCAGUGCUAAGAACAAGCUGAUUGCUAUUCCUAUGGCGGAACUACCAAAAAAAUUGAGAGGCCUGGUCAGAAAUGCGAAGAAAGUAGAAGCUGAAAUAACAGCUUUGAAGAUUUCUUAUCUCAAGAAAAUAAACAAAGGCUCUAACAUUGUUAUCAUGGACUCGUACUCGGAUGCUGCAAAAAUAGUUGCCAGAGCACUAACAAGUUUUGGCUUCAAGAAUUGCUGGAUAGUAGCAGAUGGAUUUUCUGGAAGCAGAGGAUGGUCACAGAGUCGCCUAGGAACAGAUUCAUAUAAUCUAUCUUUUGUUGAGGUUAUCUCACCAUCCCGAAUAAUUCCUGCAGCAGCUAGGCGUUUCGGAACAACCGGCACAAAGUUGCUUCCUGGCUCAGACUAAAACUUUUGGAAAUGUUUUGACUCUGCACUCUUUGUUUAGAGUAGUCCUCUACAAGUGUAUUUCUUGUAAUUCUUUUACCAAUGCCAAUAAAUUAAUUUCCCUUCCCUUA